AUGAGUGAGGUUCGGCUCCCUGACUCAAUUGCUUGCACCUCUGAAGAGCAAAAUACAUACACACUUUCAAAAAUUGCGACAGCAAAUUCAAAUCUACUGCAAUCUGGUCAAAUUCUGGCCAUAGGUAAUAGCCUUGCAAAAGUAGUACCUGCGUUGGAAAGCAACAAACAACAGUCAAGAGUUUUGAAGACGAUGCGUUCAAAGUGUGAGGAUUUGCCGCGAACACUGGAUGGUUUGCUGCUUUUAAAAUUGUGUCGAGUUGAAUUUCCUGACGAGGUUGUAGAAGCUAUGAUAAGCGAUAUGCAUAUAACAGAUGUCGUUGCUGAAGAUUUGCUCUCUUUCACAAAGUUGACACGAUUAGACAUGAGCGACAACAAGACCUCAUUGGAACCAUUUGGUUGUCUCCCAGCACUUGUGGAGCUGGACAUUCAGUGUAAUGCGAUCAAAGAGGUCACAAUCGAGAAUGGGUUUCAGAAUCUAGAGGUGUUAAAUUUAUCUUAUAAUUGCCUUCGUUCAAAAGAUGUCCAAGUUAUAUCAAAGAUGCAGCGUAUCCGAGAGCUUUACCUCGGAAGCAAUCAAAUUUGUUCCGUACCCCCCAUGAUGGAUCACUUUUCACGUCUUGAGAUAUUGUCGCUGGAAAGUAACAAUAUCUCCGGUCAAGAAAUCUUUUCGAUGCUAAGCAUAAUGCCUCGCUUGCUAGAUCUAAAUCUCAGCUACAAUCAAAUUACUGGUUUUCCAGAGUCUGCACUGACAACCGAAAACACUUGUGGUACUGGAUUCUAUAAUCUUGUUUAUCUUAACCUGGCGCACAAUACCAUUAUGAACGAAGAGGCAAUAAUUCACACAAGCAAGCUGCGCAGCUUGCGUAAACUUAUUCUGUAUGGCAAUCCCUUGGCACAUGCCGCCAUCACUCCCUACGACUCUACCAAGCUCGCGUAUGAUCCUGUACCAAACCUGACAAGACUUUUCAACGAGAGGACAACGGAUCAAAUUGCGACGACAAUUGUGAGUGCAUACCCCGACACAAAGAAAAAAAAACUGCAUUCCAUGUCGUGUUAUGAACACGUUGAGAUUUACAAAAUUAUUCCAAAUGAGGUAGUCUUUCAAUCUCCAUUUCGUACACGAGCGACGGAGAUCAUUGAGGCAGAUUUUUUUAAAAGGAAAAUGCCACCGUCAAAGCAGCAGUCUAGCUUUUCACCAACACCUACGAGAAAGCAACUGAAAUCCAAAAUCAAUGACUCCACAUUUAUGACAGGAGUUGGCAUUGAAGAUAUUUUGUUGGGUGCUGGACCAUCAACUGAGCUUCCAGCUGUUCCAGCCUCUGUUGUCGCGCGAUCAUUGGCGAUGGAUUCAAAAAAAUAUCCUGCUUUGAACACACGAAUGGCCAUUAACGCUCUUCGAUAUCAGCUUGAUCAUCCUUUGACUUCUCAUGACGAUAACCUGCUUUGUUUAGCGCAUUCUCAGCAGCUCACUCAGACUUCCCUGCAACGAAAGCAUCCGCGACGGCCACUCCCGCAACGAAAAGAAUCGCAAAUAUUACCAAAUCAUCACCGGAACAGCAGUCAUUCGAAACUGAAAGAUUAUCAGAGUGUAGAUGACGCUUUGACAAAAGUCAACUAUCAAGUCUCAAGCACAUCGGCCAGACGGCCAAGAUUGACAGAUAGUACCGAACAAGGAGUUGACAAAGCGCUUGAUUCUCUCAUUACGACAGCUAAGAAGCUGAAUUUGACUUAUAAUCACUCGCCAUAG